AUGUCUUACCACCUUCCCGUUCACCAGACUGUCGCCUUGAAAAAAGAAUUCAAGGUUGAGAACAUUAUCGUCUUCCGGUCCACGAAACUGGACUUGACUCCCAGCUUUGGUCCGGGUAUUGAUAACACCUCCGUCAAUAUCAUGAGUGCCGCCGACGACUACCUUCUCCACAUCAACAUCAGCUUCCGUCGCGCGCAGAAAGCCAUCGUCUUUAACAGCAAGCGUGCCAAUCGCAGUUGGGGUCCUGAAGAGAGAGUAACACUUGAAGGGCUGUUCCUCAAUGGACUCCACACUACUAUCACUGUCUACGACCACGGCGAUCGCUUCCAGGUCCUGAUCGACUACAAGACCAUUCAUUACUACGUCAAGAGGUUCCAUAAGAAUGGUGCCGCCGUCUUGUACAAGUACAACACAAAUUUCUCUGUGUUCUCCGAGACUUUGGAUGUCACCAUGUAUGACUCCUUCGCCAACAUCCGAGUCAUUCCCAGCUGUGCUUAG